UUAAACUCUUCCGUAAGUUACUUACAAAUUUUACGUCCGCAUUCUAAAACGUGUUUCAUUGAGAUAACAUUAAAAAUGAAUUAUCAGUAUUCAGAUCUGAUGAAAUGGUUUUGUCUUUUCAUUUUACUAAUUUUAUUGGAUAUUAAAAAUAUUUCUGUUGGAAAGUGUAUGAAUGACGAAAACAGUGAAAAUUUACCAUCAACUCACGAUGAAUGGUAUCAUCCAAAGCAUAAUAUUACUAAAAGGAGCAGCCCUCUAUCAACAAGAAAUUGACGAAGAAAAUGAACGUCUUCUAGAUUCUUUAAAGAAGAUAUUGAAAGUAUCAGAAGAAAUUGACACUAGUUAUGAUGAACAAUUAUUGCAUCAUUUAUUCACUUAUAAAACAAACCCAGUCGCAGCUACGAAAAACUAUCUCAAAAAUAAAUUCAACAAUUUCAAAUAUUUAUCCAAGUUACUUAAAAUCGGUCAUUGGACAAGUGGUUUAGCAAAAGAUAGAGCAAAUAGCAUUCAGGAGAAUGUAUUUUCAAUUGCAAUUCAUCACUACUCAACAUUACAAAAAAAUAAAAAUUACUGCGGUGAGUCAUCAAUUUAUAAUAAAGUAUAUCAACUCUAUGAAUCUAUGUUAGCAAGCGUCAGUAAAGGAUUCAUUAUGAUUUAUAUGGCUUACGAAUUCGAACAACGAAGACCUGGAAAUACAGAUAAUCGGCGCCCUGCACAAAUAAUUGCAUUAUAUCAAUAUGAAAGAGAAGUUAUUCGUAUGACCGCUUCGGCAAGCAGUUAUUUGAAUAAAAUCAAUGAGACGAUGUAUAAAAAAUCACAAAAUUGUGACGCAAAGGAAUGGGCGGAAGGUGUGAAUUAUAUCCGUUUAAGAAAUCACGUUUCGUAUUAUGAACCUAAUACAAAAUGGUACUGGGAUCAGAAUGCAGAAUACUUGAGAGAUAUAAAACCAGAAAAAGAAUGCGACGGUACACAAGUAUUUUGGAAUCCUUCAGCUUUGUCAGAUGGCGUCAUAUACAGCUUAAACUGUCCACUUAUUUUUGUCAGUGAUUAUUCAAGAGAUAGCAGUUGCCAACGUUUUCAGAAUGAUAAUUUUACGAAAGCUAAAAACACAUAUUGGGAAUCAGCAUGUACUAAUGGAGAUAAUUCAAGAUUAGAACAAUUAUGUGCUUGCGAUAAACAAGUCGACCAAGAUACUAGUAUACGAACAAUAAGUUUAAGAGAACACUACACUGAUAGUGCUGAUAGUCGAGUAAUUACCGGGAUACGAUUCAUUGUUAAAAAUAAUAUCGUAAUGAUACAAAUUCGAGAAGGUAAAUUAGUCAAUGGUAUUAUAGACCCCGAAACCGUUAAAUGGAUAGAUGAUGAUGGGCAUCAUCCUGAAGUGGGUCCUGAUAAAAUUAAGCUCAGUUAUGAUACACGAGCGUUUGAAUUAGAUGACAUAGAAUUGCCUGAUAAGCACUUGGUAACAGGAGUCAAAUUCACAGUGACAAAAGAAAAGCACAUAUCAUUAGCAGUGAGAGGAUCAAAUAUGUACAAUAAUAGAAAAAAUACUUUCCCAUCGAUCCACGAUCAAUGGUAUUAUUCAACACCUGAUGAAAAUAAACCAAAAACUAGUAUUGAUAUAAAAUAUUUCAAAAAUCCAGCCGAUUCAAAUAAUGAUAAUAAAGAAUUAAGUACUCCAGGAUCGAAUUACGUUGAUUUCUCAACAUCAGUAUAUUCUUCAAAAGAUGAAAAUGUUGCAAUUAUACCAUUUAUAGAUUCACGCGAACUUGUUACUGAUCCCCCAAUCGCUCUAGGUGGAUUGGGAAUAUUUUACAAUAGUAAACCCGGUUAUGGUGGAUUUAUAGCGUUUAAGUAUAUCACAGCCGAAUAUAAUAUUCUCCUUAACAGAGAUCAUGCUCAAGCUAUCAAUGCUACUUUAUCAGACUUACUUAAAUAUUUAGAAUGAGAAAAAAAUAUAAUUGACAUUAAUUAAGAUAAUAUAAAUAAAUAUGUAUAUUACGGCUGGGGGGAGGAGCAAAACGGGGUACUUGAGGAAAUACAAAAUACUCAGAGAUAUGAGUUUUCAAUGCAAUCAGUAAAGUUUAAGUACAUUUUAAAAAUUAUUAUUUAAUUUAUUUGUCAAAAUAUCUGUCUCUAUAACAAAUUAAUCAAUUACUGGACGUUGUACCUUAGAUACAAUUUUUUUUUUUCAAUAUUAUUUUUGGCCUUACGAGAAUUUAACAUACCAAUGAGGUUUUGUUAAAUAGUUAUAUAUUUCCUAGAAUUGCGACACUGAAAUUUUAAUACAAAUAAUUUAAGGUCAAUGAAUAAUAAAGAUAAAUUAUAAAUAAGAUCUAUUCAACACACUGUCCCUUUCUAAAAAUCUAUGAAUGGCUGACGUCAUCAUUAUGUUGAAAUAGGGGUCGACAUAUUCUAUAAACAUUUGCGCUUCACAGUAUUUUGUAGUAUUUCUAUACCAGACUCGAGUGUGAUCUUAUAAUAUUUUAAACUUUUCCUGAAGUUACUUUCAAAUUUGACGGACGCAUUUAAAAAAGUGUUUUGUCGAGACAACAUUAAAAAUGAAUUAUCAGUAUUUAGAUCCGAUGAAAUGGUUUUGUCUUAUAAUUUCAUUAACUUUACUGGAUGUUCAAAAUUAUUCUGUCGGAAAGUGUAUUAAUACAGAGAAUAAAGCGAAUUUACCAUCAACCCACGAUGAAUGGUAUCAUCUAAAGCAUAAUAUUUCUAAAAGGAGGUAAUGCAUAUUAUAAAAAAAUUAUUCUUUUGUUCUAUACGUUUGAUUGUGUGAGAAUUACUAAAAAAAAAACUUCUCUUUUUUUAAAAAUUUUUAAUCAUAGCGGGAAGUUAUAAAAAAUUACUACAUUGCUUGUAUAUUAUA